GAAAUAUACUCGUACAAGCUGCGUCCAUAUGCCUCUCUUCAUCCACCUGCAACAAUCCUCACCAAAAUUAGCCUCUGCCUGAUCACCGCAAGCUCUCGCGCACUGCACGCACGGUGCACGCACCAUGGCUGCCGUGUCCCGCCGCGUCGUCCUGCUCCUCGUCGUCGUCGUCCUGACGGGGGCCGCCGCGGUGGCCGCCGACUCCUCGCCCACCGGCAACUCCGCGCCUGACGACGCCGACACCAAGCCGAGCAUCCUGACGCCCAUCGCACACACCCCCAUCGGAUCCUUUGAGGGCGCCGAUGGGCCCAUCGCCGACGACGCCAUGGACGACGAUGAAGCGGCGCCCGUGGGCUCGCCCAUCGGCACCACCAUGACGGAGCCCGAGCCGGAGCUCGCGCCACCGGGUCCUCCCGAUAGCAGUAGUGCCACCACCGCUGCUUCCGUACGCGGCCCCGCCGCCGCUGCUGCGGUUGCCAGCGCCACUCUGGCGGCCGCCGGCGCCAUCUUUGCCUUCUGAUAGGACGGUGUGCAAGCUGUUCGUGUGCGUGUUAAUGCACGCAGAUUUCUCAUGUGUUGCGCGCUCUAAGUCAUGCACGGACAUGGUGCAUGAAAGCCUGUUGUUACUGACAAGUUCACAAGAAAUUAAUUAGUAGUGUAUCCACCUGGAAUUUCUCUCUCCUUUUUUUGUCCUAGAUGAUAGGUCCACAAAAAUGUAAUUAUGUAUACACACUCAGAGGGGUCCAUGCAUGAUCUAUCUAUCUGAUAUUAUUUGAUCCUGUCUAAGUACAACCCUUAUAUC